GAAUUAUUUGAUUUUGCAGUUUGGUGUUCACUGUUAUUUCAUGUUCAGUCCGUGAUCCAAACAGUACCUGCACAGGCUUUGCAACAAACAAGCUAAUGAUGUGCCAGUACUGGCAGUAGAGCUAGAGAACAGUCCAACGGGAGUUGUGAGGCAUACCGGGGUCAGUAUGGCAGCGCUGAUUCGCAGGCUGGUGUGCAACUGUCGCGUUUUACCCAGCAGAGGAUGUUCCAGUGUUGCUCAAGAGGCUCAAGAAGAUGACCUACUUGAUAGCAUUGCUCUGGAUGAUGAAGUGAUGGAAGUCAUGGAGUUGGAAGUAGAGGAGCAGCAAAAGAGGAGAGCUGUAACUUCUGGCAGUGAACCCACGGUGCCACACAUGACAUCUUCUGACCAACAGAUCAGUGCUCAUGCCACAGGAGUUAGUCCCUGGCUUCAACCUGUUGCUAAUGCAGCAUGGGUGCCGCGACCGGCCAUGACUCCAUUCUACAUCUACAUGAGAGAGUAUGAGGAGGGUACGAAGCAAGGCUUUCUAAAGGUGGUCAUGGAACGCUACCGAGAAUUCAACAAGCUGCCAGCCCGUGUACGUGCCCAAUAUGAGGAGCUGUCACUGCUAGAUGAGCAGCGCUUCUAUGAAGAAAUGGAUGUGUACAUGACCAGAGCUGACCAGCGUAGCUUGCUGAGUAAACUGCGUCAUGAGGAGCGCAGAACCAUCAAUACUCACGUUGCCCGUAGCGUUGGUGCAGAGCUCGCUGACUUGAAGUUCCGAACGGAUGAAAUCCACGAAGAGCUGGACACUCAGCAGCAGCAGGACGGUUGGGCUUUGGCGUAGAGUCUAUUUGAGUGACACGCGAAUCUGUGUACAUUAUCGACAUUUCUUGUGCUUGUACAUAUUAUGGGGUAUUAUUGCUGAUGACGAUGAUUAUAAUAAUUUACAACGCUACUUCAAAGUACUCCCAGGUAUCUGUAGGAGUUUUUUUUUCGUACCAUGCCUUUGAGCCCUGGGGAAAAUUCCACUCUUUGGCCAUGGCAAAUUCCGUGGAAUUUGCAAAUAUUUUGCGGAAAAAAGGUUUUCAGUACGAGCGAUGGCCUGGCUGGUUGCA